ACUGAUAUUGUUUAUAUUUUCAUUACUAAUAAAACUAAGACAAAAAUAUGUUUUACAAACAUUUUGUUAUAUUUAUGGCAUGUUACAUAAUUGCCACCAAUGGAUAUCAGGAUAAUUUUAUAUCUACCAAUGGUUAUCAGCACAAUUUAAAAACCAAAGAAUUGAUAGUUUGUGAAAACGAUUCCAACUUAAUACAGUGUCCUCCAAGAACGACAAUCAAAAUUAUAUCAACAAAUUACGGCCGAUCUGGCUCAAGGAAUGUCUGUGGUAUCUCAAAAGAUGUGCAAUGCUUUGCCCCUUCUUCUAUAUCAAUCGUUUUUCAAAAAUGUGAUGGGAAAAAGGGAUGUUAUUUAGAGGCCAACAAUGGAAUUUUCGGCGACCCGUGUCCCAAUGUUGGUAAAUACUUAAGGGUUGCGUACAUUUGUCAAUCAAAGUCACAUCUUGAUAAAUUUUAGUGAAUUUUUUGGGACAUUAAGUAACUUUAUAUUAAAUUGUAUUUAAUUUAAUAAAAAUCAAUUUUGUAAUUAUAAAAUGUUGUUUAAUUUUCAAAAAGAAAGUAUGUAUUUGUGUAUUAUGCAAAGUGUUUCUAAAAUAGGUGGUCAAAAUUAGGAAUCAGGUGGGACAGGUCCAAUAAUGAAGAAAAUCUAAAGAAUUCAGCUUAUUAUAAAUAAAGUAACUUUAAUUUUGAAAGGGAUUCUACUGAUUAAAUAUGUGUCAUUUAAUUUAACAUUAACCCUUUGUGUAAUACUCUUUUUGUUUUAUAAUUCAGUUUUUAUAAUUAGAGCCACAAAUUUUAAUAAAAGUAUUAAAAGUCUUUAAAAACUUCAA